AUGCAGAUCGAUGGUGCAGCGACUGAAGCUACAACACUGCAACUGAGGGUCUAUAAUGGGGAUCUCAAGUACUACGGAAACAAUGUGGUGGCUUCAAAUAUCUACGACAAAUGGCUCAGACUCAAUGUCAUUCACAGUGUUGGUGCUGGAAAGGUCACCAUUUUCAUCGAAUACCGCUAUAUUUGUGCUGCUGAUCCUACUGAUGGAUUCACCCUUGUGCCACUAACAGAAGAGAACUUCAAGUUACAGAAACCCUACAACGAACCCCUCGAUGAUCGUUACAGUGACAAGGAUGGAGUUCGAAGUUUCUGGAUCUACAACCAUGACAAGCCAUUCAAAACCGAUAGCACAACUAGGCCCCGUUCGGAAGCGCGCAUAACGGGUCAUGACUAUUCUUCUGGGAUUUGGCAAUUCGAAGGCUAUGCAUUUGUGCCGAGUGGUACUUCUGGGGUUACAAUAGUGCAGAUCCAUGGUGCAGCUGAGGGAGCUACAUCUCUACAACUAAGGAUGUAUGAUGGAGAUAUCAAAUACUACAAAUACAACGUAGUAGCUACCAAUCUCUAUGAUAAGUGGUUCAGAGUAAACAUAAUCCACAACGUUGACAAAGGGAAGAUAAUAGUUUUCAUCGAUGGUGUGAAAAAGUUUGUGGUGAAAGAUCAGGGACCAGGGGACCUGUAUUUCAAAUUCGGAGUAUAUGCUGCACCAGAAAACUCGAGCAACUACAUGGAAUCACGGUGGAAAGAGAUCAAACUUUACAAAAAAUGA